AUGAAUUGCCACUUCCAAGGUGUUGCCCAUCACUGCAGUCUGCGCGUCCUCGCGGCUUCUAUGAAUUUGUGGUAUGUUCAAUACGUCUACCCCGAUUUCCGGCAGCAGCAAUUCCCUGUCUUAGUUGGGAAGCCUGUCGGCAAUUUGCUUAAUGAUCGAGCCACAAUUUCCAUGGAACAAAAGGCAGGUCCCUCUCCUUCCUCAGUUCAGCGCUUGAAGAGAGGCCCUUCGUAUUCCGAGCUAUGGUAUAAGACUCCGCUGGACAAUGCAGCACUUGCAAGAAAGCCAAACGAGAUGCGCAUCGUGCUUGAAGAGCUUCGAAUGGUACAAGCUCGCAUUGAGUACGAUAUUCAGAAGCUGUUACUAUUUGUGGGAGAUGACGUUUUGGACGAGAAGACCCCCGGACAGGGCAAUGCAUUCCAUGAAGCUGGUUCUGAUCAAAACGAGGCUGGCUCUGAUGAUGACUUCGCGACUCCUAGCGAUGGCACUUCGGUGGGAAUCAGUACUCUUGCUAUUAACUCCCCGGUUUGGGAAUCGAAUGGCCAUGAAUUUGAAGGUGAUGACAUUGAGGGCCAAGAUGCUGAUGAAGAAUAUUCCGUUGCAAAUGACACUGAUGCCGUGUCGGAUAUUUAG